AGGGAAUAUACUUUCUGAAAAUGUAUCUCCUUCUAAACAACAUUUCUAGCUUGACAGAUUUUGAGAAGAAAGAAAUAAAUGAUAUGGCAUUCUUCACAGCUGUAUUUUACACUGAGUGGUUUAUAAAGGCUGAAAUUCCGGCUGUCGCUCCAUAUCAGGAUAUGAAAGCUCUUUGGCAGAUGAUGAGGUACUCAAAAAUCAAUCCUGUCCAGGCAAAACCUGUUAUAGAGUCUCUAAAGAGACACACCUGGUACAUAGACCCAAAUAUUUUAGUUAUGUCUCUUGUUGACAAAAAUGUACAAGAACGGAGUGACAUUGCCAAGAAGUUGUACUCAACCCCAAGACCUACAACUUAUGCCAUAGAAAGACAUCAAGUUAAUUUAAAUAUACUGAACUCCCUUAUGUUUAAUGAUGAUACUCCCCCAAGUUUGACCCCGCUUAUAACUGACCAGAGUUGGUUAAUUUUUCAUAUCUUAAACCAUGCAAAUGCUGAAGUACAGUGGCUUAAGACUCCAUCUGAGACAUGCGAUCUAAAUGACUAUUACUUAGAAUUCAAACAAUUUGUGAAUAAUCUUGAAGUAGUAAAUGACUGUAGUGAGAGGGCUAUAAAACUAGUUCAGGAGUUGAUCAAUAAAUCGCAUAAUGAGGAUAAAAGACAAAGUACCUUCCUCGUAUCAAACAAAUAUAAGUGUGAAAGAACAAUUAAAAAAAAAUGUGAUUAUGUAAAGAAUUCUUUGUUUACAAAAUAA